AUGUCUUCACGAUAUCCCCCGUCGUCUGGGUUCAAUUCCCGUGACCGUUCACCGCCCCGAUUCGGCGACCGCAGACCUCCCGCCGGUCCUCGUGGCUCCGACGAUGUGAACCUGCCGAGAGAGCCCCCCCGGGGCCCCAAGGCCUUGAUUGACCACCCUCGCGGCGCGCCCUUCGGCGGUCGGGGUCGAGGCUAUACGGGCCGCGGCGACUUCCGAGAUCGAGACAGAGAUAUACGAGACAGAGAUCGCGAUCGAGAUCGAGACUUCAGAGAUCUCCGCGAUGGUCCGCCCCCCUUCCGCCGCGACAUCGACCGCGAUUGGGGCCGCCGCGACCGAGAUUUCGACCCCAGAGAACCGCGAGUCGGCUUUGGCCGUGGCCGCUCCCGUUCGCCUCCGCCACCACCCCGUGAUUUUCGUGAUAUCAGAGAACCGUUGGGCCGCGACCCUGACCUAGUCCGCAUGCGACGUGGGUCGAGGGACAGUCUUCUGUCGGCUUCGUCCGCCGCCGGCGACGUGCCGUCUUCGGGCCCGGGUCAUCACCCACGCGGUGGUCCCAUGCGAGGUCGCGGUCGGGGUGACUGGGAAAUUGGGCGCGGCCGAGGCCGUAUUCCCUAUCUCGAUGAUCGUGAUUCGUUCCGCCGCCGCAGUAGGUCGAGAGAUGGUAGAUGGGACCGGGAGCGUGAGCGUGAGCGAGAGCGAGAGCGUGACCGUGACCGUGACCGCGAACGCGACCGAGAUCGUGAACGGGACCGAGAUCGAGAUCGCGACCGGGAUCGCCUGCUAGACCGAGAUAGAGAGCGUGAGCGAGAUCGUGAGAGGGCUAUCGACCGGGAUCGCGAGAUUGACCGACGCGACCGCGAAAGAGAGCGAGACAUGGAUCGCCGGGAUAGAUUCGACCGCCGCGACGACUUGGAUCGACGGAUAGAGCGCGACGAUCGGGACCGACCGCCCUUGGAUUCUUGGAAGCGAGACCAGCCGCCUAAUCGCAAUGAAAAUCGGAUUCCGAGCACUUCGUCCGUAUUGUCAUCCGUCCCGGCUGCAGGACAUGCCGGCCCCGCACCGUCCGAGCGGAUUCCCGAUCAUGCAGGCCCCGAACCGCCCCGCAAGCCGUCUGCAACAGACCCUCGCCGAGAGCCUGAGCGGACCGAGACCCCUGCUGCUCCUGCUCCUGCUCCUGCUCCUGCUCCUGUUUCCGCUCCUCCUCCUGCUGCCGCUCCUUCUGCUGCUCCUCCCGCCGCUCCUCCCGCUGUUGCUCCUGCUGCUCCUGCAACAGCCCCCAUCGCGGCUACUACUCCCACUACUGCUCCUACCGCCCCUGCUCCCGCGUCCGCGCCCGCACCUGCCCCCCAUUUAGAUCCUCCCAAAGACUUGCCGCCGGUUGUCAAACGAUCUCCUCCUCCGCCAGCCCCGCAGGUGCCUGCGUUUGGGUCGGUCACGGCGCCUAUCCCUGACUUGCCCGCGGAUAAGCCGUCCGUUGAACCGGCUCUAGCCCCUCCUUCCCUCCCAAAGACAGAAAAGGAGCACGACGAUAUUCCUCCGCGAAGACCCAUCCAAUCACCCACGGGUCCAAAGGCCACAAGGCCCUCUUCGCAACUGCCGCUAGAGCAACGGGUUCGGCGUGAUGAUACCCUAGACGCCUCGAACAAACCUCAUGAACCCACACCUCGCGCGUCGAAACCUCGUCCUCCAGCCCCGCCUCAUGUCCCAAAGCAACCGGACCUGUCACCGCCCACCGCGCCCGCGGCAAUGGCCAGUAAGGACGCCUCUGUGACCCUCGGAGAGACGUCUCCCGCCAGCAAGGCCGGUUCUGUCACUAGCCUCGUGGAUGGCAAUAGGAAGCCGUCUUCUGCGGGUCUGGCAUCUUCUCCCGAGCCUCAUACGUCACCCCGUAUGCAAAAUUCAUCAAACAUCCCCACCGGACCGCGAGCCCUACAGCAACGACCUUCUGUGUCACGGGGGCCGCCUAAAAGCAACAAACAAUGGGUCCGCCCUGGUUACAGUCGUCCCCCGUCGGGCCCGACUUCUACAUCGAUCCAAGGUCGUGAGGCCGUGGAUGGAAAGGAGCGGACUCCAUCGGUCAGUCAUGAACCUAAAAGGGAGCAUCGGAUGUCGAUCGAUGACAACGCGAUGGAUCUAGAAGCUGGGGAGAUAGCACCCGAGGAUGAUAUACCAUCCGUGAGGGCUCGCGUUUCUCCCGACUCUCCCAGGCAACCGAAGCCGCGUCACACAAGCCCCCCGCGUGCCGUCACGGAGACGCCGGCGCCGAAAGAGAAACCGGCUGAAGAAAAGCCGGACGUCGUUAUUCCGGACUUUGGGCGAUCUAGCGAUGAGGAAGAAGAUGACAAGGUCGUGUUCACACAAGACUAUCUCGAAGAACGAAAGCGGAUUUUUGAGAAGGAUAUGAACAUGUUCCGGGCUGAUCUCCCUCCGCCUCCCCUGGAAGACCCGACCGUUGUGGCGCUGCUGCUGCGAAUCCAAUUGCUGGGACAGAUCGCCAAUGACGUGGUCCCCGAGAAGGCACCAACUCCUCCGGCUCCUGAAACCAAAUCUCAAAUCGUCGACGAAGAAGCUGUCGUCCCUCCCGUCGCUCCUCCCGUGGAACCCAAACCCGAAAAAGACGCGGAGGAACCCGAGUCAUUAGUCAAAGCUGCGCCGAAUUCGCUGGUCUCAGCCGAACCCGUGGCUGUCGAGCAUCUACCAUUUUUGCAUUCCGGGCCACCGACUCCACUGUCCGAUCUCGAAGUCUGUCACGAGAAUGAUGCUUUAUACGACUCACUCAGAGACGUUUUCCGCUCUGAGUUCAUGAAACGCAACAAGGAGAUCUCACUUAAGAACGCGUCGCUCCGGGAAGAGUAUCUACAUUAUUACAAGCCCUGGCGAUUAACCAUUUCCGAGCUGGACUCAGCCAAGGAGAAGCCUUCGGUAUCUCCCGCACCAGCUACGCCUCCUGCUCCUCCCAUCGUGGUCACGCCUACCACAACUGCAGAGGGCAGACGAUUCAAGGGUAACAGUGAAUUGGAUUUUCAAAAUGCUCUUCGGGCGUCAGAGAUCUCAGCACAGGAGGAGUUGGAGCGGCGCCGCGGCAACAAAGCUACCGCCCAGCCAGAUCUCACCCGGGAGGCUGUCAUUCCGGAAAUGCUGGAAGCCGCCGAGGCCAAGGCACGGAUUUACAAGGAUACAAAUAAUAUCGUCGAGCCGGUCAAUGCUAGAGCCGUCUUUGGCUUUCUGCCUCCUCGCAACGAUUUCACGCCGGAAGAGCACGAGGUCUUCACCGACGCUUUCAUGGCUCAUCCUAAGAAAUGGGGCAAGAUUGCCGAAUCCUUGCCUGGCCGAGAUUUCAAGCAGUGCAUUGUUCAUUACUACCUGACGAAAGAGGAAAUCAAGUACAAGGCGAAACUGAACAAGCGGUGGAGCCGCCGUGGCCGUGCCCGACGAUCCGCUCGACCCAAAUCCAACGCUCUCAUGGCUGACUUGGGCGUCGUCAAGCCGGAUUACGAAGGCGAGGAAGACCCGGCUCCCGUCACAGACACCGGCCGUCCUCGUCGUGCCGCCGCGCCCACCUUCGGGGACUCAUCUGCCGACACGGAUCCGUCAACCGUCGGCCGACGCGGAAACGCAGCUAAGGAACUAGAGCAAGGCGAGAGGACAGUCAGUCGACGCGGUCGUUCUGGUCCCGGAUCGCGAGGUCGAAGAGGGAAAGCUGCUCAACAACAGUUGCAGCAGCAGCAGCAGCAGCAGCAACAACAACAACAACAACAGCAGCAGCAGCAGCAGCAACAACAACAGCAGCCGCCCCCGCCGCCGCAGCCGCCGCAGCAGCAACAACAGCCACAGCAAACGCCGCAGCCCACACCUCCCGAGCCGCUGCUCAACGUAGGCGUACCGCUGCCAUCGGCCACGCCCCCUGCUGGACCAGUUCCCAAGCCAGAGAUGACCGAAUCAUCCAUGGAUGGUGCACAUGAUGCAGCAAUCAUGCGAGCUCGGGAGCCGACGGAGCGAGAGCCGCAAGAAGCCCCCCCGCGCGCAAAGUCUGGUCGAGGUCGACAGAAGGAAGGCGUAUACGUCUUUGAAUCGGGUGAACAAGAGCCCCCGACGGCCACCCGACAACAAGAGGUCGGUUACGGCUCGUUGCAACCGACCAGUUACUGGUCUGUUCCGGAACAGCGCGACUUUCCCCUGUUGCUGGCCCACUUUGGUCGUGAUUUUGAGGGCAUUUCCAACUUCAUGAAGACGAAAACCACUGUAAUGGUGAAAAACUACUUCCAGCGUCGGAUUGACUCUGGGCAGAAGGACUUCGAGGACGUUGUUGCAGAUGCAGAGGGUAAGAAGGCGCGCGGUGAACGCACGGGUCCUUUGCCUGUGCCCAACUUCGCAUCUAAACGCCGUUAUGAAGCCACGCCAUCUUCCAUAAUUCUUCCCCGGCCUCUGGCACCGCAGACUGAUAACGCAUCUGACACGGAUGAGACGCGGCCGGCGCCGAAAAGCAAGCAUGUGGCUCCACCGCCGACUUCAGCACAGCCAGUGCCUUUGCAAGCCCGUCCCCCACCAGAGAAGGAGCGCAAUGUGAACAGAUACCCACCCCUUGCGCAGGCCAGCAGUGCACCCAUUGCUCCCGGGCCAAUUCUCGCCGAGGACACCACACGGACGGCUCGUCCCCAAGCCGGAGUGCCUUCACGUAUGCCCGGCCCUCGUAUGGGCUAUUUUCCCGACGACAGGCGCGAAGUUUCAGCCACUGUCAUGUCUCAUACCACGACUCGACCCCAAGAGGCGCCAGCUACAGCGCGUCAAACGCCGGUGUCCGCUCCAGAGAUCGCACGCAUGGAGUCGUUACACGCGCAAGGGUUCCGGUCGUCCAAUAUGGAUGCACACGGAUCACCGCUUGUCACCAGCCAGGGUGCUAUGCCGUCAUCUCAACCCGCCUACCUGCCACCUCAACCGCAGCCUUCAAUGGUUCCCACGCCUUCUCAUUCUCGCCAGCCCAGUUUUACCAAGCCCCCUACCUCUCCCGUGCAACCAUUGCAGAGGCAAGAACCAGAAAUUCAUACCAUCCGGCACGAUCCAAUCAGCCAGCGGUCGUACUACACUCUGCCCGGUCACUCGGUGGGCAUGACGCAACCACCGCCGGUUCUGUCACCCCCCAAGGAAAUUCCUCGAGCUGGGCCUCCUCCAUCGGAACCUACUGAGGCUCCUCGUCAAAUCCCCGCCAAACGGUCCAACAUCAUGAGCAUUCUCAACGAUGAAUCCGAAGAACCCCAGCCACGUAAGAGGUUUGCCAGCGAUCAAGCUGCGUUGGGCACCCCUAGUAAUGCUGCGUCGCCGUCACGGCCCGUCUACACGGGUGUGCAGCCGUCCCUUUCUCAACCACCACCCGCGCCCCGCCAGGACGAACCUAUGAUGUCGACGCCUCAGCAGAAUGCUUCCGCCUACCCACAGCAGAGCCCGUACUUGCCGCCGGCUCGUACGUACUCUGAUUAUCAAGCCUAUGCACCUGCACCGGGCAGCUCUGCCGGGCCGGCCAAUAACGACUGGAUGGCACGGUUUGACCCACGAGGCCAGCAGUCGCAGCAGCAGCCCACUCCUCACCAACAGGCCAACAAUCGUCCUACCUCAACACUCCCCCCUCAAGCACCCUACUCCCCCUAUGCCUCCAACCAGACCGUAUCCGCCCAUGCCCUGCCGAACCUCACAGCCCCAUCUCCGGCUCCGACCCCCUCGCCGGCCCCCUCGCACCGUCCGUCGUCUUACCACGCCUCGGUCUACGCGCCGUCCCCGGCCUCACACGCGCAGGCAGUUGCUGCCAGCUCUCGUGAAAUGGCUGCACAGAAUCCAAUGAUGCGGUCGGCCAUGGGGUCGCCCACGUCGCGUAACAGCAACCUUGCAUAUGGGACGCGACAAGGACCCCCGACUCCGAUUCAGUCGCCCGCCAAUCUGCUUGGGGUCACGUCUCGUCAGACGCCUGCAACGGCGUCGUAUGCGCCGCCUGCGCCGCCAACGCCAGUGCCGAUGACUAUCCCAAGUCAGCAGCACCCGGGGAGCCACCAAACGUACCAGCAACAUGUGCAAACGAUGGUGAGCGGAGCGCAUCAACAGCAAACUCACCGGUCUGCCCUUGGAUACGCGGGCGCACAAUAUGGUCAUAGCACCCCCCCUCCGCAGGCUCAAGCGCCUCGGGUAGCAGGCUUACCCGGACCGCCCCCUCAGGCCAUGCAAAUGGGUCGCUCCUACACACCCCCGGCGAUCUUGCAGCCGAAUCCUUCGGGCGGUAUGAGUUAUGCUCCUGGUGGACCAGGCCCGGCGGUUGGGGCCGUUCAUCCCUUGCAGACGCGCCCCGGGCCUGGUGUCUUGGGCGAUGGCGGCAACCCCGGUCACGGUCACCACCGAGUUUAUAGUCAGGGGUCAAAUGCUGGGUCACUCCCCGUACCAAUGACACCACAAAACCCGCCUCGAUAG